AUGGGGGUGGCGCUGAUGGGGGUGGCCCUGCUGGGCCCUGGAGCACGAGAGCCAGGCAGCUUUUCAAAGCACCGGGGAGCCAUGGAGGGUGAAGGAGGCAGCAAUGGGAUCGGAUUGCCUCAGGAGCAUCUCUCAGGAGUCACCUCGAGUUGCCUGUCCUCCCACAUUGUGGCAAGACCACUCACCGUGACCCACAUCCUUUGGCAGGACCUGCUGCCCACAAAUGCUCACCGGCUCCAAAAGGUGCCAGGCCUGCUGGAGCUCUCGCCGGUGGAGCGGGGCGUGGUGAGCAUCUUCGGCGUGGCCAGCCGGUUCUUCGUGGCCAUGAGCAGCAAGGGCAAGCUCUAUGGCUCGCCCUUCUUCACUGAUGAGUGCAAGUUCAAGGAGAUUCUCCUCCCCAACAACUAUAAUGCCUACGAGUCCUACAAAUACCCGGGCAUGUUCAUCGCCCUGAGCAAGAAUGGGAAGACCAAGAAGGGGAAUCGAGUGUCGCCCACCAUGAAGGUCACCCACUUCCUCCCCAGGCUGUGA